CUUUAGUGCCCGUACAUUAGAAAUUUUGAUAGUGGCGGGUCCCUUGAUCGAUAACAAACUACCGCCGUAACUUUUUUAUCACUGGUCACUAACAACCGACACCUUCAAUACAAUAGAAUCUCUAAUUAUCCGUUGGCUCGACACUGGAAUUCGGAAUUGAUCUAAGAGAAACUUUUCUAGCCAGUUCGCAAGACCCUUUCGAGGGCAAGUCCAUUCAUCAUGCCUCAAAAUGAGUACAUGGAGCGAUUCCGCAAGACCCACGGUCGCCGUCUCGACCACGAGGAGCGUAUGCGGAAGCGCGAAGCAAGAGAAGGCCACAAGGCGUCCAAGGAUGCCCAGAACCUGCGAGGUCUAAGGGCGAAGCUGCACCAGGCGAAGCGGCACAAGGAGAAGAUCCAGAUGCGCAAGCAGAUCAAGGCCCACGAGGAACGCAACGUCAAGUCGGCCUCCGAGAACGACCCCAAGACCCCGCUGCCCAACUACCUGCUUGACCGAUCCAACCCCACCCAGGCCAAGGCCCUCAGCACCGCCGUCAAGAACAAGCGCGCCGAGAAGGCCGCCAAGUUCGCCGUGCCCCUCCCCAAGGUCCGCGGUAUCAGCGAGGACGAGAUGUUCAAGGUCAUCAGCACCGGAAAGAAGGUCAACAAGAAGAGCUGGAAGCGUAUGGUUACCAAGCCUACUUUUGUCGGCCCCGACUUCACGAGGCGCCCUGUCAAAUACGAGCGUUUCAUACGACCUAUGGGUCUACGAUACAAGAAAGCCAACGUGACGCACCCCGAACUAGGCGUAACGCUUCAGCUCCCCAUCGUCAGCGUCAAGAAGAACCCCCAGCAGCCGCUGUACACGCAGCUCGGUGUUCUAAGCAAAGGUACCAUCAUCGAAGUCAACGUAUCCGAGCUCGGACUUGUCACUGCCGGCGGCAAGGUUGCUUGGGCCCGGUACGCCCAGAUCACGAACAACUGCGAGAACGACGGUUGCGUAAAUGCGGUGCUACUGGUUUAAACGUGGCCUGGCUUAUGAACUCCUAUACCCAACCCACCUUCGGUCGAGGAAACGGGAAACGAUAAAAAAAGGAAAAGGAAAAGGGACUGAGACGGAGACGGAGACGGAGAC